AUCUUCUUAAACUCUUUCUUCUUCUUCCUUUCACUGACAAAUCUCCCUCUUCAAUUAUGCUUCUAAAAAGCCCAUCAACUCCAAUUCUCAAUACAUGGAAACCCCAUUUCAAAGAAUCCUCUCCGGAGACUGUAAUCCUCCACCAAUUUUGUAAAUCACGGCUCCCCACACUCUCUGCUUCUUCGAAAUUGUUGCCGGCGCCAUGCAUGAUCGGCGGUCAGGCGAUCAAGACGAUGCUGAGUAACAUUUCAGUGGUGGCGAAGAGGAUUCCGAGAAUGGCGGUUUUGGAUGAGGGAUUGUGCUGUGGUGUGGAUGACGUAGGGGAGAGUUCCGAUUGCGGUGGCGAAAUGGUCGGUGGUUUUGUUGAUGGUAAAGUCAACCGUGAUGGUUGUAAUGGCAAUGACAAUGGCAAUGGUGGUUGUUUUGUUUCUUGGGAUGGGGAUACUGAAGAGGACAUGGCGGAAAUGCAUUUUCAGAGAAUGAUAAAGACGAACCCCAAGGAUUCGUUGUUACUAAGCAAUUAUGCUCAGUUCUUGAAGGAGGUUCGUGGAGACCUUAUAAAAGCUGAAGAGUAUUGUGGAAGAGCAAUGUUAGCACGAGGCAAUAAUGGAAGUGUCAUAUCAAUGUAUGCCGAUUUGAUAUGGAGUAAUUAUAUGGAUGCCUCCCGAGCUGAGAGUUACCAUCUUCAAGCUACUAAAACUUCCCCCGAUAAUAGUUUUGUUUUUGCUGCUUAUGCACGGUUUCUUUGGGAGGUUGAGAAAGAAGUGGACAAGGGAGAAGCUGAAACGGACAGCUUUGGUGGCAACCCAUUCUCUCCUCCUCCUUGUUUUGGACCUCAGUCUCAUCCGACUCCUCCUCCUGAUUCUUAGUUUCUCUCUCAAGUACAUUUAUAUAAUGAGUGCAGAUUUUCUUAGGAAGUCUUUCUUUAUACACAGAAAGCUCUAAUGAUUUUUUUUCCCCUCACCAAUUUGAUUCUCAAUUUGUGCUUUGUUUGUGUAUAGACAAUGCAGCAAACAAAGAAUCUCAAUUUUGCAAAGGAUCUUCCUCUCUCGAAGAUUAGAAAUAUGGGUACAUCGAGUGGCCGUUAGGGGCCAAAUAAAUAAUAGAAUGUCAUGGUAGUCACAUUUACAUAGGAUUUAAUGUUCAAUCAAUGAUACUUUA